GACCACGUGAAUGCCUGUUAUUAAAAACAAGCAAACACGAUUUAUUUGGCAUUGUAAGACGUUCAGACUUCAUUCACUCUGUUUAUUAUUGGUCAGAGAUGGUAACCUUUAUGUUAAAAGGAACUGUUUUGUCUGGUGACCCCAGUUAUCCCUGACAGAUGUAAAGCAAGUUACUCUGCCUCGUUACAUUUGGUUGGCAGCACGGACUGAAGUGGCCGUAACGUUAAACAGUUAGCCUUCAAAAAUAACCCCAACGGAGGUUAAAGUAGUUACAUUUACUAAAAGAACAACUUGCAACACCGAAGGCAUGAAUAAGCGAGAAGGUGAAGGAUGUCCCAGGAAAACUGCUGAUGCAGUGCAGGAUUGUGAUGCGAGUGCCCACCAAUCCUCACCUGUCAUUGCUGCUUUCAAAGUUUUCCAGCAGGAGCUUGACACCAAACACGACAAAUAUGAGCGUCUUGUUAAGGUCAGUCGAGACGUCACCAUCGAAAGCAAGAGGACAAUUUUUCUUUUACAUAGAGUCACCAGUGUACCAGAUGCAGAGGAAAUUCUUAAAGAAGCAGAAGGGAAACUGGAUGGAGUCAGGCAGAAAAUCGGGCACAUCGCUGAGGAGCUCAGAGGAGAGGACAUCUAUCAGUUUCACAGAGCUUUCACGCCAGGGAUCCAGGAGUACGUGGAGGCCGUGUCUUUCCUGCACUAUAUCCGUCAUCGCAGCCUCAUCAGCCUGGAGGAGAUCAAUGCCAGACUGGUUUUCAUGAGAACAGAGAAGGUGGAUCCUAAGGGCUCAGUUGACACCCUGCAGCCGGGAGCUCAGGUCCUGACCUUCCAGGUGACGCCCUCAGACUACCUUCUAGGCGUGGCCGACCUGACCGGAGAGCUGAUGCGGAUGUGCAUCAGCAGCGUGGGCAACGGCGACAUCGACACGCCCUUCCAGCUGAGCCAGUUCCUGCGGCAGAUCCACGACGGUUUCUCCUACAUUGGGAACACGGGCCCCUACGAGGUGUCCAAGAAGCUGCACACACUGCGACAGAGCCUGGGCAAAGUGGAGGACGCCUGCUAUGCCCUGCGUGUCCGCGGCUCAGAAAUCCCCAAACACAUGCUGGCCGAUGUGUUCUCCAGUAGGACCACACUCAUCGACCCCGAGGAAGGAGUGGUCUGAGUCCUGCACAGGCUUCAGCCACAUUGUUUAUGUUCUCUAUGGUGUCAUUGUCUGCUUUAGUUUUACACCAGUUGAAUGAUUGUAUGUAUUUUUAAUGGGAUUUGACAGAUGUUUGAUAUGUCUUGUGACAUGCUUGUUAAUUUUGUUGUUAUAAAAACUGUUUUACAAUAGACAGUGUUUUUUUUCCCCCCCUUUGAUAAAGAUCUGAUGACUUCACUUGUUUUGCAUGAAUAAAAGUUCUGUGCCAAAUA